GCCCAGGCCUGGGUUGCCAUGGAUACCGUGUCCCUGGAGCAUCAGAUCCAGAGCGUGCAACGCCACAUCAGCUUCCUGAAAAAGGAGCAGAUGGCCCUGCUUCGAGACCUGCACCUGGAGAUCCUGAGGCUGCAGAAACGCUGCUCAGAACUGACCCAUGACCUGGAGAUGAGAGAGGUCCAGUCUCACCAGCAAGAAGAGGCGUCCCGGGAGCUGGAGAAGAAGUGCCGCGCGCUAGAGUCGCAGCUGGAGGCGCGAGCGGCGGCCAACGCGGAGCUGCGGCGGGAGGUGGCGCAGCGGGAGGCGCUGGUGUCUGCGCUGCGCUGCAGCCUGCGCUCCGAGGAGCGCCGCUUUCUGGAGGAGCUGCGGCGCCGCAGCCACCGCGCCACCGUGCUGGGCACCGAGCUGCAGAAGCACACCGAGGCGGCCGCCUACCUCUCCUGCCAGCUGCACGCCGCGCGCCAGAGACUGCAGGCCCCGCGCUCCGGCGCCGCUGCCGCCGAGCCCCGACCCCGCCGACGCGCACAACGGGCCCGCCGACCUCCCGAGGCGGCCGCCAAGGGGUCGGGCCGGGACUGGGCGACCUGGGACGACGCCGAUCCCAUGCCGGACCCCGCGCUCUUCCUAUACCCGCGGAGGCCGCCCCGGCCCAGUGCCCGCGGCCCGCGCCCUUUGCUACGCCAGGAGCUGCGAGACCAAGACGCCCCGCACCCCGUGUCACACCAGGAGCCCCCUGACCAAUGCGGCCCGCACCCUGGGCCCUUGGAGAGCCCUGACGCCACGCCCAGCGCCCUAGGGGAUCCUGAGUAGGCGCGGGGCAGGCAGUGGAGACCGGCAAGGCAGGCCCUGCUGGGCGGGAUCAAGGAUGGGGCGGAGUCCAGCCCGCAGAUCCACCCCAGCUCCGCCACCCACUAGAGCUGCCCCCGCCUGUGUGUUUCCCCCGAGAUGAGCUGCCCCCUUCGGAGAGGGAGCGCCAAAGGAUCGCACCUUUUUUUGUGGUGGAAUGGCAGUAAUAACCCUAAUCUGGGUUCCACCCAGCCCCUGGGACGGGGAGAGGCGGGGUCUUGUCUGUCCCUGGAGAGCUGACAAUCCCUUGAAGGGCGGGAGAAGGCUGGGUCUGCCUACAGGAAGGAACACGGUGGCACUUGGCACCGCUAGGCCUGCAAGCUCCCCUUUCCUGCUUUCUCUCCUCCACUCCCAGCCCUGCCCAGCCUUUUGCUUGGGAGAGGCAAGUUUAGGAGCUAACUCUUGUACUCGGAAGUAGCUACUCCUCGCCCCACCCACCCCACUGAUAAGUCCUUGAAGGUGAGCACGGAACACUUUAUAAUCUAUUUUAGAAGUCCUCUCAGAGCCGCUGGGUUCCUGGUGGCAAUUGACUUGCAGAAAACAGUAAGCAUAGACCCUUGGAGCGGGUCAUGGAAGAGGAACUGAUUGGUUUUUCCCAUGCAGGGGUGCAGGAGAUAGGCAAGCUGGGGCUCAAAUUUUGGCGAGGACGGAAGGGUCGUUCGUCCUUCCCGUUCCUGCGGCCGGCCACCUCAGAGACUUCGCAGUCCUGUUAUAGGUGCUAAUCUUGCCCAGCUUCCCAAGCAGCUGGCUGCAUCCAGAGGCAGGAAGGAGGGCCUGGCUUUUUUAAAGUGGCCGCUAUUUAUAGAAAUUCGAUUUUGCUGGGGAAGAAAGUGGAGACUGGUUAGUCCUCGGUGGUGCCUAACCCUGGAAAGGCCCCUAAACCUGCAAAACCUGCUGGUGAUGGGGUGGUCCUAUGCUCUCUCUCCCUCUUAGUUGGGAGUGGCAAGUAGAGAGCGGAAUGUUGGCACUUUCUCCUUGUCAGUUCAGCUCAUCCUAGGCCCCGCCCCUAGCCCCCACUCAUCUCUCUUGGUCUGACCUGCAUGGGGUCCUAAGUGCCUGUGAGAUCUUCCCUGGGGCUGCUGAGCAGGAAUGCCUCUGUUCACUCAGACGCUGGGCCCCUAGCAGGCCCUGGCUAAGGCACCACAUUGUGUGUGCCUCCCAAGGUCUUGAGGUGGGGAGCAGAGUCAGUCUCUCUCGGUAGCUGACAAACUUCUCCAGUCAUGGCCACCAGGAAGACACAGAAAUCUUGGCUCAUACCCUCCAGUCUGUAAGAGGAAGCAGGAGUUUGACCUGAAGCAGAAGGCAGUGAGCACAUGCCAACCUGAUCCUGCACACAGACCCCUCCCCACUCUCCCCUCCCUGAAGGACAGCUGAGGCCACUGAGCAGAGCUGUCUAGCUCCUGGGAGUUGGAUGGCGGAAGUAGAAUCCUGGGGUCCCUACUAGGGCCCCUAACUGCUACCUUCACUCCAGUGGCAAUAUGUGUACCGCUUGUCCCCUCUCAGUUUUGUGUGACUCUGCCCUCUCCUGCCACCCUCCCCACCUGGAACCUGCCUGUGUGAGGGACUCACUCUGUUCCCUGGGAGGUGCCCAAAGGGCAGUGGGAAGGGAAAGGCCGCUUUCUCUGGGUGCCUACACAGACCUACAUCUCCUACAACCAUACUUUUGGGGUGAACAGGGUGACUUCACUGAUUUUUCUAGGAGAGCCCUUUCUCAUCCAUCCAUCCGCUAAAAGCCAUAGCUACCCCGACUAGCUUCCCUUUAAACUAUAGCAAUAGCCUCCUUCCUUUUCCCUUCUGGGCACCCAGGAUGUUCAGCUGGUUCCAUCACACCCCAUCCCCAGGCAUCCGACAGUAACCUGCCUGUCUUUCCUCAAGUGACCCUGUCAACUAACGCCUUCCAAAUCCUGUUUCUCUUCCAACAGCCAGAGAUAAUGAUACUUGUUCGUGGGGUGCUUGAAGAUCUCCCAGAUGAAAGGGUCUGAGGGCCUCUGACUCCCUGUCAUGCAUGACCUUGGGGUGGGGGAAGGAAAUAAUGCAACUCUUCCAGCAGCAAGGGAGUGAUAAGGAGGCCUAGGCAGAUACAGGAUUCCAGUGUUAACAGAAUAGCCCUUCCCCCUUCCUCUUCUGGAAAUGGAUGGCUCCCUUGAGUGGUCUAUAGGCAAGGACUCCCUCAGCCUUCUGGUCUGGGACAGGCCCUCCCCUUAGCUUCCACCCUUUCCCUUCCUGGAACUGACUCUAGGAAUCCACCUGGUCAAAGGAAAAGUACCAGCCAUG